CACCCGCCCCUGGCGCCGACACUCACCGUGCCCCACCGCUGCCUGCUCUUGCUCUACGGAGGACACGGGCGGUCCAGCUACUGGACUCUGCUGCUGCUCGUGCGAAACGUGCUGUUCUUCGCCUUCUGCUCUGGAAAGCUUCCGACCGCGGUCGCCAAGAUCAGGGUCACCUCCAGCCCCAUCUUCAUCACCUUCUACCUGCAGGUGUGCGUGGUGGCCUUGGUGGGCAUCGCCCGCGCCGUGGUGUCCAUGACCGUGAGCACCUCGGACGCCGCCACCGUGGCUGACAAGAUCCUCUGGGAGAUCACGCGCUUCUUCCUGCUGGCCAUCGAGCUCAGCGUGCUCAUCCUGGGCCUGGCCUUCGGCUCGCUCGAGGCCAAGAGGAUCCCCCAAAUGGGGGGGACGGCCUGCGCGACCCUGUCCCUCCCUGUCCCCACCCCGCAGGGGACCCUGGAGAUCCUGUACCCGGACGCCCACCUGUCCGCAGAGGACUUCAACAUCUACGGCCACGGCGGCCGCCAGUUCUGGCUGGUCAGCUCCUGCUUUUUCUUCCUGGUCUACUCCCUGGUGGUCGCGCUGCCCAGGACGCCGCUGAAGGACCGCAUCUCCCUGCCCUCGCGGAGGAGCUUCUACGUGUACGCGGCCAUCCUGGCGCUGCUCAACCUGCUGCAGGGGCUGGGCAGCGCGCUCCUGUGCGUCGACGUCAUCCAGGGGCUCUGCUGCGUGGACGUCACCACCUUCCUGUACUUCAGCUUCUUCGCGCCGCUCAUCUACGUGACCUUCCUGCGCGGCUUCUUCGGCUCGGAGCCCAAGAUCCUCUUCUCGUACAAGAGCCAGGUGGACGAGCCCGACGAGCCCGACCUGCACCUGCCGCAGCCCUACGCGGUGGCGCGGCGCGAGGGGCCCGAGGGGACCCCGGGGACCCCGGCCUCGGCCCGCGGCUACUCCAGCACCCAGUUCCACGAGGCCGGCCUCCGCCACGCCGGCCUCCGCGGCGCCGACAGCGAGCGCUGGAGGCCCAUCAACGCCUGAGGGAGGCCCGGGGCGG